UGGAUUUGAAGGAAGAUGUCCACCGCCAACAAGGCCCGAGUGGGGCCCGAGACCGACGGGCCUGCGCCACCCGGGGAGGAGGAGGGCGAGGGGGGCGGCGAGGCGGGCGCGAAGGAGGCAGCGGCGGACGCGGCUCCCGGGCCCAGUGCCGCGUUCCGCCUCAUGGUGACCCGGCGGGAGCCGGCCGUGAAGCUGCAGUACGCAGUGAGCGGCCUGGAGCCGCUCUCCUGGUCCGAGGACCACCGCGUGUCGGUGUCCACGGCCCGCAGCAUCGCUGUUCUGGAGCUCAUCUGCGACGUGCACAACCCGGGCCAGGACCUGGUCAUCCACCGCACCUCGGUGCCCGCCCCUCUCAACAGCUGCUUCCUUAAAGUUGGCUCAAAAAAAGAAGUUGCUGAGUGUAAGGAAAAAUUUGCCACUUCUAAAGACCCCACAGUCAGUCAGACUUUCAUGUUGGAUAGGGUGUUCAAUCCUGAAGGCAAGGCUUUGCCACCACUGAGAGGAUUCAAAUACACUAGCUGGUCCCCGAUGGGUUGUGAUGCUAAUGGCAGGUGCCUGUUGGCAGCACUGACUAUGGACAACCGCCUUACUGUCCAGGCCAACCUCAGCAGACUACAGUGGGUACAGCUGGUUGAUCUGACUGAGAUUUACGGAGAACGACUUUAUGAAACAAGUUACAGGCGCUCUAAAAAUGAAGCCCCAGAAGGAAGUCUUGGGGACUUUGCUGAGUUUCAGAGGAGACAUAGCAUGCAGACACCAGUCAGAAUGGAGUGGUCAGGCAUCUGUACCACACAGCAGGUCAAGCAUAACAAUGAAUGCCGUGAUGUUGGUAGCGUGCUCCUGGCAGUUCUCUUUGAAAAUGGUAACAUUGCCGUAUGGCAAUUCCAGCUACCAUUUGUAGGAAAAGAAUCCAUCUCUUCAUGCAAUACAAUUGAGUCAGGAAUCAACUCUCCUAGUGUUUUGUUUUGGUGGGAAUAUGAGCACAAUAAUCGGAAAAUGAAUGGCCUUAUUGUAGGGAGUGCUUUUGGACCUGUAAAAAUCCUUCCUGUCAAUCUCAAAGCAGUUAAAGGUUACUUCACUUUAAGGCAGCCUGUUGUCUUGUGGAAAGAAAUGGACCAGUUGCCUGUGCACAGCAUUAAGUGUGUACCACUUUACCAUCCGUACCAGAAGUGUAGUUGUAGCUUAGUGGUGGCUGCAAGAGGAUCCUAUGUGUUUUGGUGUCUUCUUCUGAUCUCCAAAGCAGGUCUGAACGUUCACAAUUCCCAUGUCACAGGGCUUCACUCACUGCCAAUUGUCUCCAUGACUGCAGACAAACAGAAUGGAACAGUAUAUACUUGUUCCAGUGAUGGGAAGGUGAGGCAGUUGAUUCCCAUUUUCACAGAUGUUGCAUUAAAGUUUGAACACCAGUUGAUUAAGCUCUCAGAUGUGUUUGGCUCAGUGAGGACUCAUGGGAUAGCAGUGAGCCCCUGUGGUGCAUAUCUGGCCGUCAUUACAACCGAGGGCAUGGUCAAUGGCCUCCAUCCUGUUAACAAAAAUUACCAGGUCCAGUUUGUUACUCUCAAAACCUUUGAAGAGGCAGCUGCUCAGCUCCUGGAAUCUUCAGUUCAAAAUCUCUUUAAGCAGGUAGAUUUAAUAGACCUAGUACGCUGGAAGAUUUUAAAAGAUAAACAUAUCCCUCAAUUUUUACAUGAAGCUUUGGAAAAAAAGAUUGAAAGCAGUGGGGCCACCUAUUUUUGGCGUUUUAAACUUUUCCUUCUGAGGAUCUUAUAUCAGUCAAUGCAGAAAAUUCCUUCGGAAGCCUUAUGGAAACCCUCCAAUGAAGACUCAAAAAUCUUACUACUUGACUCACCUAGGAUGGGCAAUGCUGAGGAUGAACAGCAAGAAGAAGGCACUUCUAAACAGGUGAAUAAACAAAGCUUUCAGGAGAGGAGCAAAGAAGGUGAUACAGAGGAGCCUACUGAUGACUCACUCACCCAGUCUGGCGAUGUUGGAGGCCGUGAGCCAAUGGAAGAGAAACUCCUUGAAAUCCAAGGGAAGAUUGAAGCUGUGGAAAUGCACUUGACUAGGGAGCACAUGAAGCGAGUCUUAGGAGAAGUUUACCUGCACACUUGGAUCACAGAGAACACGAGCAUCCCUACCAGAGGACUCUGUAACUUCUUAAUGUCCGAUGAAGAAUACGAUGACAGAACAGCACGGGUGCUGAUUGGACAUAUCUCAAAGAAGAUGAACAAGCAGACUUUCCCCGAGCAUUGUAGUUUGUGUAAAGAGAUCUUGCCUUUCACAGAUCGAAAACAGGCAGUCUGUUCAAAUGGCCACAUUUGGCUCCGGUGCUUUUUAACCUACCAGUCCUGCCAGAGUUUGAUAUACAGAAGGUGUUUGCUCCAUGACAGCAUUGCCCGACAUCCAGCUCCAGAAGAUCCUGACUGGAUUAAGAGGUUACUGCAAAGCCCCUGUCCUUUCUGUGACUCUCCUGUCUUCUAAAUGUCAGCGGUGGGAAAAUGGAAAGGGCAUAUACUGUGCUAUAGAAAACAUCCUCUAGUCUGAAGAGAAAGGAUGCUCUGGCAUAACCCUGACCUUCACAAGUGGAAGGCGCUCUUCAUACUUGUAAAUAGGACACUGGGAACUCAUCUCUGAAGUACGUUCUCCAGGGACUAAAGGAUAUCACAGAAUGACUGAAUGCAGAGAUUUUAAGUGAUUUUGAGAUGAACAUAGCCCCCCAACUCCUUACUGAAUGAGGAAUACUUAUUUUUUAAGUGUCUUGACUUAAGCAAUCUGAACAAAAAGGAUGUCCUAUCAUUUCUAGGAAUAGAAUGGUCUCUUCUAGAGAGUUGGAUAAGGGCUUUGCUGGGCUGAGUUAGGUUUUAAUUCUUGUUUUGGUCUAGAACUGCCUUGUUGCUCCAGAGAGCUUAAAUUCCCUGGUAUGUGACAUUCAGUGUACCAGCACAUAUUAAAAGUGUCUAAAACAA